UGCGGCCGUGUCCUCCUUCCUGCAAGAUCAAGUUCAAGUUGAAGUUCAAUUUCAAGUUUAAGUUCUGCAAAACGCACUUGCUCCAGUUCCUCCAUCAUCCAGCCCACUCUGAUAAAUACUAAAGUCGUAGUUUAGGGUUCCUUUUCAUUCUACUCAGAGAGGGAUAGAGGAUCCUUAACCGGAUCAGCCACUACAGGUUUGGAGUUUUGGAAACAAAAGCAUCUAUAUCCCGACCCUCUGCAUAUCCUUACUGUUUGAGCAAGCUUGGUUUAUCAAAAUGUACAUAAAACAGGUCAUCAUUGAAGGAUUUAAGAGCUACAAAGAACAAGUUGCAACUGAAGACUUCAGUCCAAAAGUGAACUGUGUUGUUGGUGCAAAUGGAUCUGGCAAGUCAAAUUUUUUCCAUGCAAUCCGUUUUGUAAUAAGUGACCUCUUUCAUAACCUGCGCAAUGAAGAUAGGCACGCCUUCCUUCAUGAAGGAGCAGGACACCAAGUUCUAUCAGCUUUUGUUGAGAUUGUAUUUGAUAACUCUGACAAUCGUAUCCCGGUUGAUAAAGAGGAGGUGCACCUACGGAGAACAAUCGGUACAAAAAAGGAUGAAUAUUUUUUGGAUGGGAAGCAUAUAACGAAAACUGAAGUUAUGAAUCUAUUGGAGAGUGCUGGGUUCUCUCGUUCUAAUCCAUAUUAUGUUGUACAACAGGGGAAAAUAGCAUCAUUGACAUUAAUGAAAGAUUCAGAGCGACUUGAUCUACUGAAGGAAAUUGGUGGGACUCGUGUUUACGAAGAACGUCGUCGAGAAAGCUUGAAAAUUAUGCAAGAAACUGGUAAUAAGAGAAAUCAGAUAAUUCAAGUUGUGCAAUACUUGGAUGAGAGGUUGAGAGAGCUGGAUGAAGAGAAAGCAGAGUUGAAAAAGUAUCAGCAGCUUGACAAGCAGAGAAAGUCUCUGGAAUACACCAUUUAUGAUAAAGAACUCAAUGAGGCACGGCGCGAAUUGACCGAGGUGGACGAGGAGCGAAAUGCCAUUUCUGAAGAAUUAGUUAGGAAGUAUAACUCAUCAGUAGAUGAAGAGGAAGAAGUAAAGAGAUUAGACAAGUCAUUUAAAGAUCUCACAAGAGAAGUUCAAGGUUUAAGCCGAGAAAAAGAGACGAUAGAGAAGCAGCGCACAGAAGCUAUUAAGAAGCACACAGAGGUUGAGCUUGAUGUCACAGACCUUGAGGAGAAAAUCUCGGGGAGUAGGAGAGCCAAGGAUGAAGCUGGAAAGCAGCUUGAUGUCUUACGCAGAGAAAUCCAGGCAUCCACAGUAGAGCUAAACAAAAUCAGACCUUUGUAUGAGAAUCAAGUUAAAGAGGAGGAGGAUAUCACGAAAGGAAUUAUGGUACGGGAAAAGCAGCUCAGCAUACUCUAUCAGAAACAAGGGCGUGCAACCCAGUUCUGUUCUAAAGCUGCACGUGAUGAAUGGCUUCAAAAAGAUAUCGAUAAGUACAACAAGGUUCUGUCCUCAAAUGAGAAGCAGGAGAAUCUACUCAAGGAUGAGAUCGGUAAACUUGAAAGAGAUUUGGCAGCAGAAAAUGAGCACGUGAAAGGCCGUGAAACUGAGAUAAAUGCUUUGGAAGCUCGGAUAUCAGGUUAUCGCAAAGGUUUUAAUCAGCAUAAGUCAAAGAGAGACGAGCUUCAUGAUAAGCGAAAGUCAUUGUGGGGGACAGAAAGUGAACUUACAGCUGAAAUUGAGCGUCUUAAAGCAGAAGUUGUGAAGGCAGAGAAAAGCUUAGAUCAUGCUACUCCUGGGGACAUAAGGAGAGGAAUUAGUUGUGUCCGGAGAAUCUGUAGAGAAUACAAAAUUUCUGGAGUGUUUGGUUCAAUUAUCGAGUUGCUCGAAUGCGAUGAAAAUUUAUUUACUGCUGUUGAAGUUACUGCUGGAAACAGCUUAUUCCAUGUGGUGGUUGAAACUGAUGAAAUAUCAACCCAAGUAAUUAGACACCUUAAUGCAGAGAAAGGUGGAAGAGUUACAUUUAUACCUCUGAAUCGGGUUAAGGCUCCUCAUGUCACGUAUCCACGAAGUUCUGAUGUGAUUCCUCUUCUUAAGAAAUUAAAAUAUUCUCCCAACUACGAUCAAGCAUUUUCUCAGGUAUUUGCUAGAACGGUGAUUUGCCGAGAUUUGGAUGUUGCUACCCGUGUUGCUCGUACCGAUGGUUUGGACUGCAUUACUGUCGAAGGUGACCAAGUUAGCAAAAAAGGUGGUAUGACAGGUGGAUUUUAUGAUAAAAGGCGUUCAAAGCUUAAGUUUAUGAACAUCAUUCGACAAAAUGCCAUAUCAAUCAGUGCAAAGGAAAACGAACUUCAUGAUGUCAGAUCUGAACUUCAGAUUAUAGACAAGGAAAUCAAUGAAAUUGUUGCUGAGCAGCAAAAAGAUGACGCUGAGCUGGCGCAUGAGAGAUCAGAACUGGAACAGCUUAAGCAAGAUAUUGCUAAUGCUAACAAGCACAAACAGAACAUCUCCAAAGCUCUUGAGAAGAAGGGAAAGUUGCUUGCAAAUGUACAGACUCAAAUUGAGCAGGUUAAAGCUAAUAUUGCUAUGAAAAGAGAUGAGAUGGGAACAGAACUUGUUGAUCACUUAAGCCCAGAGGAAAAGGAUCUGCUGUCACGAUUGAAUCCUGAAAUAGCAGACCUUAAAGAAAAGCUCAUUGCCUGCAGGGCAAAUCGAGUAGAGACUGAAACAAGGAAAGCAGAGCUUGAGACCAAUCUAUCAACAAAUCUUGUUAGAAGGAAACAAGAACUGGAGGCAGUGAAACAGUCUCCAGAAAUGGAUACGUUGAAUGCUGAAGUGGAAGCAAAGAGACAGGAACUUCAAGAUGCAAAAAUGUUGGUGGAAGAAGUGAAAAAACAGCUGAAAAGAGUUUCUGAGAACAUUGACGAUAGAAACAAGGAACUCAAGAAAAUUAACAAAAAGAAGAGUGAGUUGAAGGCUCGUUUGGAGGAGUAUGAAAAGAGCCGCCAAAAUGAUGAUAAACGAGCAGAACAACUUAUUAGUAGAAAAAAUACUUUACUUGCAAAGCAAGAAGAGUACUCCAAGAAAAUCAGAGAAUUGGGGCCAUUAUCAUCAGAUGCAUUUGAAAUGCACAAGCGAAAGGGCAUGAAGGAAUUAUAUAAAAUGCUGCACAAAUGCAACGAGCAAUUAAAGCAGUUUAGUCAUGUAAACAAGAAAGCACUUGAUCAAUAUGCAAACUUUACAGAUCAAAGAGAAGAACUUCAGAAACGACAACAGGAACUUGAUGCUGGUGAUGAGAAAAUCAAAGAACUUAUAUCAGUACUAGACCAACGUAAGGACGAAUCCAUAGAGCGUACUUUCAAAGGUGUGGCUAAACAUUUUCGGGAUGUAUUUUCUGAACUUGUCCAAGGUGGUCAUGGAUUUUUGAUCAUGAUGAAGAAGAAGGAUGGUGAUCCUGUUGAUAAUGAUUAUGAUGAGGAUGGUCCUCGGCUACCUGAUACAGAAGGGCGUGUUGAAAAAUACAUCGGUGUGAAAGUGAAGGUUUCCUUCACUGGACAAGGGGAGACACAGUCAAUGAAGCAAUUGUCUGGAGGUCAGAAGACUGUGGUUGCAUUGGCACUGAUAUUUGCCAUACAGCGAUGUGAUCCUGCUCCAUUUUACCUUUUCGAUGAAAUAGACGCUGCACUAGACCCUCAGUACCGAACAGCAGUUGGAAAUAUGGUUCGGCGUUUGGCAGAUAUGGCGAGCACGCAGUUCAUUACAACAACAUUCCGGCCUGAACUAGUGAAAGUUGCUGACAAGAUAUACGGGGUGACACACAAAAACCGGGUUAGUCACGUAAAUGUUGUGAGCAUGGAAGACGCGUUAGAUUUCAUCGAGCAUGACCAAUCGCAUAAUGCUGAAUGAUUGGGGUGGGUUUGUAUAGCAAGUAGAGAAUACUAUUACUACCUCCUGGUGCUGCUGGUAUAGAAAGAAAGAAAGAAAGGAAGGUUUCAUCUGUUUGUUUAACCAAUUACUCUCACUGUUGUUUCUUUCUUUCAACUAUUAGUUUCUUUGUUUACUGUACUAAUUACUUAAUGUUAAUUGUUAUGUAUGAAAGCUGUUUUUCAAGACCAUUUUCAUUCA